AUGAUCUUCGACCUUUUUCCCUGUUCUCGGUUAUGGUUAACACGUCCCUACAAGAUUUUUGGUUUGCCCAACAAUCAAAAUGAAAAUGAAGUGGAGACUGAUCGAAUAAAGGACGACAGAGUCCUCGUUGUGAAACUAAUCAAGAGAAAGAGUAGCACCAUGGUGGUGCUAGAGAAGAUUCCGAGGCCGACUGAGCCCUUGAAUGCAAAGAUUGACAGACUGCUGCACGAUUGGUUUCAUCACGGGGAGAGCGAUGUUGUCGCUAUCAGUGAUCGCUUGUUGGAACGUAUGCAAGAAGGGCUGCGGUCUGACGGGACCCUGAUCCGCAUGCUGCCCACUUUCAUCCAGAAUUUCCCCCAGGGAGACGAGGAAGGCGAAUUCCUCGCUGUAGACCUCGGGGGCACCAACUUUCGGGUACUCCUUAAAAGACGGCUUGGUUUCGUAUUCGUAGAAGGACUUUGCUCUUGGUGCGGCUGAAAAAACUUUGGAAGCGACAUGAAUCUUCUACUAGAAAUGCCGGAAAAAUCUGUUGAACGUCUUCAGCUUGAUGAGGCAGAUCUCGGGGGUUCCUCGCUCAGGUGUACAUUUUUUUCGACUUGAAGCGUGGUGUUAGAAUCAUUCUUUUUCCCAAUUCCAGGUAAUGUACAUCCGCUUGUAUCCUGGCGGUGAAUACGUUGUUGAUGCAGUGCGCAAGUGCAAGAUUCCAACUUCGAGUAUGACAGGCACGAGUCACGACCUCUUCGGACAUAUUGCGGAUGAGCUGGAGUUUUUUCUUCGCGAAGAGUUGCACUUGAAGUUCGACGAAGACGAUGCACAGAAGAAGACAGCUGCAGCAACUUCUAGAAGUGCCAAUCAGACCACAGGUACCGGAAGUGGCGCAACAAAUAAACCGAAGUGUAGCAAAAGGUAUUCCUUUGUUGAAAACGUCAAAAUCCCUUUGGGUUUUACGUUUUCUUUCCCCACGCUGCAGACGUCUCUGAAAAGCGGCACGUUGGUGGCGUGGGCAAAGGGCUUUCAGACAACGGGUUGCCUGGGGGAGAAUGUUUGCCGGUUGCUGCAGCAGGAGUUGGAGACUAGACGGGUUCCGGUGGAAGUAGGCGCUUUGCUGAACGACACAGCGGGAGCGCUGAUGUCCAAUACGCUACGCGACACGGAGACGGCGGUUGGCGUCAUCGUGGGCACGGGCACCAAUUGUGCAUACUUGGAGCGCCUGGACAAGAUCGUCAAGCUUGAUGUCGAGGACCUGAAAAGCAAAGGCAUCAUCAAAAGCCCAACGACUGACGUUCCCGCACCACUGCAGAAUCGCACCAGCACAGCGACUAUCUCAACGCGAACGUCCUCAACUGGCACAGCGUUUGACGACCCCACUGCGCUCGACAGGAGCAGCUCGUUUCGACCAGAUCAGGAAACCAACGCCUUUCAGCAAACGACAUCAGGUGCGACACCGUCCUCCUCCUCGACUGCGCCGUUCGGCAAAGCGCUGCUGCAGAACCUCGGCUGCUUCAAUUUCUGCUGUGAUGGCUCGACAAGCUCGUCUUCGUCAGCUUUUCCUUCUCUCGGUUGGGGAGCGGCAAAUCGCAAUGUGUCGAAAUCAAGCAGUGGCUCUAACGACGAUCAUCUGCCACCUGAGGAGCUCAUGUGCAUCAACACUGAAUGUGGGGCAUUCACGUGUGCGGAGAUGCGAAGAAAUCUCAUAGACGAUGCUCUGGACGUGGUGAGUACAAAUCCAGGCUGUCAGCACAUAGAAAAGAUGGUCUCAGGGCACUACAUCGGCGAGGUCGUGAAACGAACGCUUAGCCUAUUGCAGCAGAAAGGUCUUGCCUUCACUGACGCGAAACGCAAGGUACCUACUUCUACUUAUACUCCCAAGAGGAACUGCUCCAACUCGAAAACUAUUUCUCCAUUCGUUCCCUAGUCAUAGGCACAUCAAAUUUCAUUCUCGACGACGACACAAACUGCCAGGGCUUGGAUUGGAACGAGAUAGAUUUUACGACCCACGAUAUGGCCCGAGUGUGCGCAGGCGAGGCCGCGCAUGGCGCUCAUGCUAACUUAGGACGGCGCCCUCUCGGAACGAUGAUUUGGACGGCGCACGACCGCCUUGUGCUAGAAGCAACAUGCGAAGCCGUUGCUGACAGGUCCGGAAAGAUGGCUGCCGUGAUGAUCCUGGCUAUGGUACGAAAAUUGGACCGAUCGAGGAGAAAGAGGAUUGUGGUACAUUUGAAAUUGAAUUUCCGAUGAUUCUAAUUCCUCGUCUACAUGUGCGAGUACUUCAUGGUGAUUAGAAGUUGUAACUUCGACAAAAACACCACCUUGAGGUUUCCAUCGACGGGACUGUCUACAAGUCGUUCCCGCAUUAUCGUGAGCGAGUCAACGAUAGCCUGCAGCCGGCCCUGGCGGGUUGCGGGGUCCGCGAAACUGUUGUUUUGCAGGAUGCUUGUGACGAUGGCUCAUGCAUCGGAGCAGCAGCGGUUUUGUGUUGCUCAUCAUGA